AGAUCAAACGCAUAUUGUAAUUAUACAGCAAAGUUUUGAAAAAAAAAAAAAUGCUAAAAAAAAUCCAUUCAGCCUUUCAUCCGAAUUCCUGCAGUCGUGAUCUUAUAGAGGGUAACACAUCUUAUGAUGGCACGCUCUCGCCAGUACGACUGGUCCGCAGCACCUCUAUGUUUGUGGUUGGAGGUGGUAAACAGACCAUUUCUGGGUCCUUAAAAAAAUACAAAAGUACCACGAAUAUUGAGGGGUCAGGAUGCUGCCAUUACAAAGAUGAGGACUCAGCGUGGAUGUUUGGCAAGACUCAGGAUUUUCUCCAAUAUCUACAGGAUCUAUUAGCGCUCAGAAAAAAAUACCUGAGCAGUCUCAAUAACUUGAGGUGUAUGACCGGAGUCUCCGAAUACUCUCCAGUAUCAACAAAGUCUUCCAGAUCUGGAAAACCGGCACCAUCACAAGAGACGGGUGAUUGCAAGGUUUCGAAGGACAAUGUAAGACAGCUUCCCAACUGUGAUAUCUUAGAUGCAAUCGCUUAUUUCGACUCCAUCAUUGCAGAACUGGACGCAGAAAAGAGAAUAAGAACGACAACGAGUAAUUACAAGCAUGCAGAUGUGGACUUUGAUGUGGCCACCAGUAGCAGAGAUCACACUCUUCAUUCAAACUGGAUUCUACGAGCGGCACGAAGAAGCACAGAGGAGGUCUUCAGGACGUCCGUUUACAGCCAGUCUUGGAGAAGCUGCACCGGGAACACAAGCAUCAAGAGGAUAGAGCGAUAUCCUAUCUAUUUGCCGAAAGCUGUUGAAGGGGCAUUUAACACAUUGAAGUUUAAACCUCAGCCCAAAAUAAAAUAGCUGAAGUGUAACUGCUUAGGUGCCGCUAGCCCAAUAUACAAAUAAUAGCAUCAAUAUUAUUUCCGGGUUUAGGGUAACCCUGCGUAACUUGUCCCAGUCAGCUUUUUGUGCGCUCCGUAGUCCUGCUACUCAUUACUAUUAUGCAGAUAAGACGUUGCUGAUAAUUGGGGUCACUCUCUUUAUUGUGUGAGACAAAUGCAAUUAAGGGGAACUGAGGAAUAACUGUAAAACAAUGACAAAAAAAACAAACACAAGAAGAACAUCAAAUGAUCAGAUAAGGAAAGAUCAAAAUACAUACAAUUUUAGAGCUACUGCUAAUUAUAAACUAUGUGAUACUCUGCGUGUAUCAAAUUAAUGAAAUAAGUAUUUGAAAUUGGUCUA